UUGGAUGGUAGUGAUCAUACAGGUUACGUCACCUUAUUGCCGACUGUCAAUUGGAAGAAACGGAGGUUAGGUUAUGUAAAUAUGGGCCUCUGUAAAUGUCCAAAACGUAGAGUGACAAAUCAGUUUUGUUUUGAACACAGAGUAAAUGUCUGCGAGUAUUGUAUAGUUACUAAGCAUCCAAAGUGUGUGGUGCAGUCCUAUUUGCGCUGGCUGCAGGACUGUGAUUACAGUCCAAAAUGUGUUCUGUGUUCCAAGGAUUUGAUCAUUGAAGAUUGUGUCCGACUCACAUGUUACCAUGUGUUCCACUGGGCGUGCCUGGACCAGUAUGCCCGCAGGAUGCCUGCCACAACAGCCCCAGCUGGUUAUACAUGCCCGUCGUGUAAGGUGGGCAUCUUCCCCCCCACAAACCUUGUAUCGCAAGUUGCUGAUGUGCUGCGAGAGAAACUGGCCGGAGUCAACUGGGCUCGGAUUGGCCUUGGCUUGCCUCUGCUAAGUGAAGAGGUGGAACCAAAUAAAGUGAACCCCGUCAAGAAUCAUGUAUCAAACACUACGCCUCUUGACAAUAUGGUGGAUGGACACAGGAACUCUCAUGAUGCUGUGGUUCACGUGGAAGAGCCUGUUAUAACCUACAGCCGGACAGACUCGUCAGGUCAGCAGUCAAGACGAGUUUACAAGGCAGUUGAAGAGAUUACUCCGGUUGGUUUUGAUCACGAUGAAAACAAAUACAAGAGGAAAUCUUUUUUGGAAUGGUUUAAGCGAUGGCUGAACAGUACCAGUAACAACAGGCGAUACCACUCUGGGUCACUGCCAUCCCGUUACUGUAAGCUGGCUAUUGGUCUGGUUGUGGCCAUCUUCAUGAUCAUCAUAUUCGUCAGACUCGGCCGUCUCUCCGUCGCUGAUGAUCCAGCCUUGGAUCCAAUGAGUAAUCCUAACAUCAAAGUCAACGAGUAAUAAUCGUCUCUACACUUCAUUCAGAACUACAAGUACAAUGGUUGUCUGUGAAGCAAUGUUUAUUUGCCCUAAAGCUUAUUUUAACUAUACUUUCAUAUGGUUUAUUACAAUUUAGGUAACUAAAAGAUCUUCUGCCUUGGACAAAAGAUGAUUUCUGAAUAUAAAUUUUAUUUGUUCCCUAGUUUAAAUUUAUUUGUAUUUCUCUAAAUAAAAUAUCUCUUGGGCACUGGUAUGUUUCCAUAGUAAAAAAUAAUUCUAUCUAUUGUAUAAAUUAACUGAUUUAAAUUCAAGUUAAAUUUUACUAUGUGAUUUUAUAAA